UACAGUGAGCCCUUGGCAAUUAGCUGACGGCUGAUUCUUUCUCCCUUCUCUAGUUUUCCAAGUAACGACUUUACGCAAUGUAUCGCACAGCGGCGAAGCGACUGUUCCUCGGAGUUUCGUCCGGUAGCUGUAGCAAAGCUCCUGUGCGAUUCCCUAAUCUCCGAUGCCUUACCAAGUCCGUAAACUCUGAGUCAUUCGCCAACCAGAGCUCCAAUCAACACCAAAACCCACUUGCCCCUGAUUAUUCAGAUUCCACAUCGUCGUCGACUUCAUCAAAUUCAUCAACGGCCGAAGAAGCCCGGCACCAUCAGAGGCCCAGAGUGGAAUACCAAGAAGAGCAAGCUCGAGUGCUUGGGGCCUCAGUGCCUCACGUGCUAAAGUUGGGUUGGACCGAAGCUGCAAUGAUUGCAGGUGCGAGGGAUGCUGGUGUGUCUCCGGCUAUAAUUGGAUCAUUUCCCAGGAGAGAAGCCGCAUUGGUUGAGUUUUUCAUGGACGAGUGCUUACAGAGGCUUAUUGAUAGAAUUGAUUCUGGAGAAGACCUGAAAAGUUUGAUUCCUAGUGAGCGUAUCUCCAAGCUUAUCAGAUUUCGCUUAGAAACGCAAGCUCCCUUUAUAUCCAAAUGGCCUCAAGCUCUUAGUAUUCAGGCACAACCGGCGAACGUUCCUACUAGUUUUAAGCAGCGGGCAGUGCUUAUUGAUGAGAUCUGUCAUGCUGCUGGUGAUGAGGCCUCUGACAUCGAUUGGUAUGUGAAGCGAACUGUUAUAGGAGGAAUAUACUCCACAACUGAGAUUUACAUGCUUACUGAUAAUUCUCCAGAUUUCCGUGAUACUUGGGCAUUCUUGGGUGGACGUGUGAAAGAUGCUUUUGAUUUGAAGAAAUCAGUUCAAGAGGCAAAAUACUUGGCAGAAGCUGUUGGAGCGGGAAUAGGGAGUUCUGUGCAAGGAUUUGUGAAGAGAGCUUUUCAAGGAUGAACUCUAAAACGAGUACCAAACGUGGGUUCUCUAGUCAUUUGAUGCCAGUUUCAUUGUUACCACUUGCAAGAGUUGCACAUCUAAUUGAAUAUCGAGGUGAUGCUGUUUAUGCUGGUGAUUCUUUUUGAUUUUGAUGAUCCUUCAAAUUGUAGUAAACUUUUCCGUUGUUAGUAUUCUUUGUCAACUGGGACUUAUAAUCUAAAUCUUUCGGAGCGUAGGGUUAAGACCUUGGUAUUUCUUCUUACAUCUUUA